CAGACCACGGAGACAGCAUGUUGUUCUGUUCUGUAGCUGUGUUAGAGUUUAUAAAGGCAUUCCCUUUUCACACUUGCCAUAUAAAAACGGGUCCAACUCAUCCUGACGUCUGCGACUUCUUGUGUGGGGGUGUUUAACUAACUGGAAAGUGAAAAGGUUUCAUGAAGCCAGUACAGUGAAAAGGGACACCUUUCGAUGAACUGCUGAACCCCAGGCUGAACUGCUGAACCCCAGGCUGCACUGUUAUACGCUGUUUUCAGACCAGCACGACAGACGUUGUUAAGUCAGCGUAAAGGCAUAGUGAGUACAUCAACACGAACAAUGGAGAACGCUGAAUCUACGGUUUCCCGGGCAAGCAGAUCGUCCGGAAGCAGAUCGUCUGCCGCAAGUCUAACGUUAGUAGCUGCCACAGCACGUGCAAAAGCAGAAGCUGCCCAGGCCAGAGCUGCAUUUGCAAAGAAAGAAAUAGAAAUUAAACUAGAAAAAGCUAGAUUGGAAGCAACACUCCAUGCACUGGAGAAGGAAGGUGAAGCACAAGCUGCCGCCGCCGAAGCAGCAGUGAUGGAGGACGCUGCUGCAAGAUUGGAAACGACAGUGGAACAUUCUAUUCAUCUGCCCUCAAUCCAAAGCGCCCAUGAGCGGACAGCUGAAUACAUAAGAAAACACAGUGAGCCCAGCAUUGAGCCCAGUGAUAAAGAGCCACGUGAAAUAAACACAAAGGACAUUAAACUAGAUGAAGGGAUGAACAAAGUAAAAAUUAAGGAAUCAGAUAGGCAACAGGAAUCUGUACCCACAGUCUCAAAAGACUAUCAGCCCCAAAGACCCCCAGAAAACAGUGCCCAUAAUAUUCCUAUGUAUACAACGCCCUCUACUGUCCGCAACCAGUAUUACUCACCUGCUCAAUAUCAUUCUAAUGACACUAAUGAACUUGCUAAAUAUCUAGUAAGGAGCCAGUUGUUAACGUCUGAGCUCACAAAGUUUGAUGACAAACCAGAAAAUUAUUUUGCUUGGAAAUCAUCAUUCAUUAACGCUACCGAGAGUCUUGAUCUUAAAGCUGGGGAAGAAAUUGACCUCCUGAUUAAAUCACUGGGCCCAGAGUCAGUUAAACAUGCACGUCGUAUCAGAGCAGUGAAUAUAAAUAAAUCACCCGCUGCAUUACAACUCAUCUGGGACAGGCUAGAAGAGACCUAUGGUUCGCCAGAGGCCAUAGAGGGCGCUCUUUUUGCAAAACUUGACCAGUUCCCCAAAAUAGGGCCAAAAGAUCACCUAAAACUAAGAGAGCUAAGCGAUUUACUGUUGGAAAUCAAUUCAGCAAUGCAAGAAGGAUAUUUACAUGGACUGUCCUAUCGUGAUACGGCAAGAGGCAUCGCUCCAAUCGUGGAAAAAUUGCCGUAUGGACUACAAGACAGAUGGAUGAUGGAAGGCUCACGCUACAAACAGGAAUAUAAAGUAAUUUUUCCUCCUUUUACCUUCUUUCUGCAGUUUAUUCAGACACAAGCAAAGGCACGCAACGACCCAAGUUUCCAUAUCCAGCCAUCAUUCAUCAGCGGAGUAAAAAAGGACAGAUUUGGAGAAAAUUACAGUAACAACCGCAGAACAGUUUCAGUGCAUAAAACAAGCGUAACAGCCACACCCACUAAUGAACCAGACAAAUGGUGUCCUGUACAUAACAAACCUCAUGCACUACAACAUUGUAGAGGUUUUAAGGAAAAACCUCUACAAGAAAAGAAGAGAAUGUUAAAGCAACAUAAUAUAUGUUACAAGUGCUGUGCAUCUACCAGACAUGUGGCUCGUAACUGUGAAGCAGCAGUUAAAUGUUCUGAAUGUGACUCUGACAAGCACCCUUCUGCCUUGCAUCCAGACUCACCUUCCCUUCCUCUCAGGUGUUUUUUACCUCCAGCAUAUCACGGCGGGGAGCAAGAAGAUGGGCAGGAGGAAACAGUCGUUGCAAGUUGGACUGAGGUAUGUGGGGAGGGAUUUUUAGGAAAGUCAUGUUGUAAAAUAUGCCUGGUCAGUGUUUACCCAGCUAAUGACCGAAGCAAGAGCAAAAGAAUGUACGCCAUGUUGGACGACCAGAGCAACUUGUCAUUGGCACGCUCUGAGUUUUUCGAUAUGUUCAAAGUUAACAGCCUUGCAGCGCCAUACACUCUGCAGACCUGUUCUGGUGUAGGUCUCACAGCUGGUCGCAGAGCCUCUGGUUACGUCAUAGAGUCCAUAGAUGGCGCCACUGCAAUACAGCUACCAAUGUUGAUCGAGUGUAACAUGAUACCAAACAAAAGAGAGGAAAUUCCCACUCCAGCCGCUGCACAAGGUCAUCCUCAUCUCGAACGUAUUGCACACAAAAUACCACCUCUAGAUGACAGUGCUGAGAUUUUUCUAUUACUCGGAAGAGACAUUCUAAGAGUCCAUAAAGUGCGCAGUCAAAUCAAUGGAACACACAAUGCACCAUAUGCACAGAGGCUGGAUCUAGGCUGGGUGAUAGUGGGAGAAGUUUGCUUGGGUAGCACUCAUAAGCCUUCAAAGGUCACCAGUUUAAAGACUCACGUUCUAGCAAAUGGGAGGCCCACUCAUUUUCCUCCUUGUGAAAAUCACUUCACUAUCAAAUCAGAGACUAAUCUUCCAGAUCGACAGCUAGCUCUCAGUAGCACAAAAAUGAAAGAAAAUGCAAGCAACGUAAGCUUUGGAAGAGAAGUUUUCUGUCAGACUAAAAAUGACAACAAGCUUGCACCUUCGAUGGAGGAUCUGUUAUUCCUCAAAAUUAUGGACAAUGAGUUCACACAAAAUGAGUCAAAGAGCUGAGUGGCCCCACUACCUUUUCGUGAGCCAAGGAAAAUACUACCAAACAACCGGCAGUAUGCAGUUAGUCGCCUCAAGUCACUGCAACGCACACUCAUAAAAAACCCAGAAAUGCAGUCCCACCUCACAGACUUUAUGCAAAAGAUGAUGGACAAUGGACAUGCUGAGCUUGCACCCCCAGUACAGAAAAAUAAAGAGUAUUGGUAUUUGCCCUUUUUCGGAGUCUACCAUCCACAGAAAAAAUCGCAGAUAAGAGUGGUAUUUGACUCCAGCGGACAGUUUGAAGGUAUGUCACUUAAUGAUGCGUUACUCUCAGGGCCUAACCUAAACAACAGUCUAUUGGGUGUACUAGUGAGGUUUAGGAAGCAUAAAGUUGCAAUAAUCGCAGACAUUCAGCAGAUGUUUUACUGCUUUCUAGUAAGAGAGGACUGUAGAGAUGUUUUAAGAUUUGUGUGGCACAAAGACAAUAACCCCAAAAAUGACAUAGUGGACUACAGAAUGUGCGUCCAUGUUUUUGGCAAUAGCCCCUCCCCUGCAGUAGCAACCUAUGGGCUAAGAAGAGCUGCACAACAAGGUGAGGAAAAAUACGGGGCAGAUGUGCGUCAGUUUGUUGAAAGAGACUUUUAUGUGGAUGAUGCCUUGAAGUCUGUUCCCACUGAGCAAGGCGCCAUCAAUCUUGUCAAAAGAAUACAAGAAAUGCUAGCAGCCUCAAAUCUCCGGCUCCUCAAAAUAGCCUCCAACAAAGUUGAGGUGAUGGAUGCUUUUCCAGUGGAGGACCGUGCCAAAGAUCUCCAGGAUUUGGACCUGUUCAAGGACGACCUUCCUGAUCAGCGAAGCCUUGGCAUAAAAUGGAACAUAAUAUCAGACUAUUUCACCUUUCACUCCCCCAUACAGACAAACCCUACACACGCAGAUGGUCCUUUCAACAGUAAACAGUGUAUUUGACCCGCUAGGGUUUCUGUCUCCAGUCAUCAUCCAAGGACGACUCCUUUUGAGAGAACUUUCGCUGCACACUACAGAGUGGGAUUCAGCCCUGCCCGAGGACAUGAGAGGGAAAUGGAUAGAAUGGCAGCAGUCCCUACAAUGCCUCAGUAACCUCCAAAUGCCGCGCACAUACUCCAACAUCCCACUUUCUCAAGCCAAAUGUGUAGAACUAUGCAUCUUUUCGGACGCAUCUAUGAAAGCAAUAUGUGCAGUUGCUUAUAUUAAAGUUACCGCUGCUGAUGGCACAACAGAAGUUGGCUUUGUCCUGGGUAAGGCACGACUCACCCCCCAGCCGGAGCUUACAGUCCCCAGGCUUGAACUCUGUGCAGCAGUUAUGUCUGUGGAAAUGGCAGAAGUGAUAAGCGAUGACAUUGACCAUCAAAUAGACAAAAUUGGCUUCUACACAGAUAGCAAGGUGAUCCUGGGCUAUAUCAACAACCAGUCAAGGCGCUUCUACGUCUAUGUAAACAACCGUGUUAGACGCAUCAGAGAGUCAACAACACCUGAGCAAUGGCACUUCGUCGCAACGGAUCAAAAUCCUGCUGACCACGGCUCACGCGCUGUCCCAGCUUCAGAGUUGCAGAAAACGUCAUGGUUCACAGGGCCGGCCUUCCUACAGUGCUCUUCAGACAUCCAGCCAGAGCAACAUCUGUAUGAGCUACUGGAGCCAGACAGUGAUGCAGAGGUGCGCUCAGAGGUAAGAACCCUCUGCACAAACACUACAAAAACCGUGUUAGACACAAAACGCUGGGAACACUUUUCCUCAUGGAAAUCACUGAAAAGAACUGUAGCAAACCUGAUUCACGUAGCACAAUGCUUCUCCUUUUCCAAAACAAACAAAGACUGUACUGGUUGGCAUAUCUGUAAAACAGCCAUUACAUGUGAACUGUUAGAGCAAGCUGAGAACAUCAUGAUGAAAAAUGUUCAGCAAGAAACAUAUGCAGAUGAGAUCAAAUGCAUUUCAGCAAAACAAAAUCUUUCCAAACACAGCCCGCUCAUAAAGCUUAAGCCCAUCAUUGGAAAUGACAGCAUAUUGAGAGUCGGUGGUCGCAUUAUUCGCUCAGGCUUAGAAACAAAAGAAAUGAAUCCUAUUAUAUUACCAGGCACCAACUACAUAACCACCCUCCUUGUGCGACAUCACCAUGAAAAGGUUAACCACCAAGGGAGACACUUUACCGAAGCGGCGGUCAGAGAAAGUGGCCUGUGGAUUGUAGGUGCAAAAAGGUGCAUUGGCAAAGUUAUAAACAAGUGUGUUACAUGCAAGAAACUGAGAGGAAAGUUUGAGGAGCAAAUAAUGAGUGACCUGCCAGUAGACCGACUUCAGCUAGAGCCCCCCUUUUCUUAUGUGGGCUUGGACAUUUUUGGUCCAUGGGAAGUAUUCACAAGGCGUACAAGAGGAGGACAGGCUAACAGCAAACGGUGGGCAGUACUCUUUACCUGCUUGUGCACAAGGGCUGUUCACAUUGAAGUUGUGGAGGAGAUGAGCUCAUCAAGUUUUAUCAAUGCACUGAGGCGCUUUUUUGCGCUGAGAGGUCCUGCUAAACAGCUACGCUCGGACUGUGGCACUAAUUUUAUUGGUGCUCACAAAGACAUCACAACGUCAGUGCCAGACGAGAACAAAGUGCAACAAUAUUUACAGGAACACAAGUGCACAUGGGUAUUCAACCCACCCCAUUCAUCCCAUAUGGGGGGAGUAUGGGAACGUAUGAUCGGCCUGGCGAGGCGCAUUCUGGACAACAUGUUGCGGCAAGCUGGUCGUGCUCAACUUACCCAUGAAAUACUGACUACAUUUCUUGCAGAAGUCACGGCCAUAAUGAAUGCCCGCCCGCUGAUACCAGUCUCAUCAGACCCAGAGCAUCCUUUCAUUCUAAGCCCUGCUAUGCUGCUCACACAAAAAACGCAUGCUGUUCCUCCAAUCUGUGACAACAUCGACCAGAAGGAGAUGCUGAAGAGCCACUGGAAGCGUGUUCAGUUCCUCGCAGACAACUUCUGGAGCAGGUGGCAAAAGGAGUAUCUCAGCAGCCUCCAAUCUCGUCAGAAAUGGCACCACAAAAGGACUGACAUUAAAGAAGGGGAUGUAGUACUCCUUAAGGACGAACAAACAAGAAGAAAUGAGUGGCCAAUGGGCGUCAUUGCAAAGACAGUUCCCAGUGUCGAUGGAACCGUGAGAAAGGUUGAGGUUAGAGUCGCUAACCAAGGGACUGUUAAGACUUAUUUUAGACCCAUAUCAGAAUUGUUUUUUCUGUUAUCCGGUGAUGUUUAAGUUUGUUUAUUUGUGGUAUCCAUAGGAUGCCAGACGGGGAGUGUUCUGGCUCUGCCAUUAGUAUUGUGUGCACUGGCUCUUUAAGAGAAUCAGGAAGUGAGUGUCCUGGCCAUGCUGCGCAGAGAUGAUGAUGUAAUGUGAUUCAGACCACGGAGACGGCAUGUUGUUCUGUUCUGUAGCUGUGUUAGAGUUCAUAAAGGCAUUCCCUGUGAGUAUUGCAGUAAACAAUGAUGUUUAGAUGGAAUAUAUGUUAGAAAGUAGUACAUUUAAGUAGUUCAUUUAAUGUUUAAGGAACUAUUUACAAGUCUUAUUUUGAUUGCAUUAUUUUGGCUCAUAUCAAUGUAAUGAGACAGUAUAUGAUUUAUGUUAAGCUUUAAUUAAUAAUUGCUGCAUUAUUUGUGUAUACUGAUGCAUCUAUACUGUAUCUGUUUGUUAUAGUUUCACACCUGCCAUAUAAAAACGGGUCCAACUCAUCCUGACGUCUGCGACUUCUUGUGUGGGGGUGUUUAACUAACUGGAAAGUGAAAAUGUUUCAGUUGGAUUGAGUUGUUUUGUAUGUGAUUAUUUGUCUGUGUGUUUGUUGAAAACUUGUGAUUUCUUGUUUUUAACAUAAGGGGAUUGUUAUUAGAAUUUUGGUGGUUUGGAGUGUAGAAGCACAAACGAUACGAGACUAAAACAUUUUUUUAACUUCUUCCUCCUCUGUCGUUGUCGGCAGAGGAGUCUUCUUCUGCAAGUGC